AUGAUAGCUUUAAAUGUCAAAUAUCUCACUGGACCAUGGAAAAGAAUUCUUCGAUACAAAUUAGGAAAUGUCAUUUGCAUCAACAAAAUCGCCAGACCACUAUCAACAGUGAAUCCUAAGUUCGUGAAACUUUAUUCUGAAUUGAAAGGCGAUUGGUGGGACGAGAACGGCCCAUUGCACAUACUUCAUAUGUACAAUCCGUUGAGAAUACAGUUUGUGAAAGAUGGAUUGAUAAGUGCUGGAUUUAAAAUACAAGACUCGAACCUUCCGUUGAAGGGAGCCCAAAUUUUGGAAGUUGGCUGCGGCGGUUUGGUGACCGAGGGUUUAGCUAGAUUGGGAGCGCAAGUAACUGGAAUAGAUGUAUCAACAAACGCAAUAGACAUUGCUAGAAAGCAUAUAAAAUUGAAUAUAUCAGAAUAUAUCGGAUAUAUCAGAAAGAGUGAAUUAUAUUCAAACAACCAUAGAAGAUUUUGUUCAAACGGAAAGAGAAACAUAGAAUGUGUGAAAACUGUGAAACCUGGAAAAUCAGUUUUCAUAACAUCGGUAAAUAAAACUUUAGCAUCUUGGCUGGCUGUAAUUGUAGGAUACGAAUAAAUUUUCAGAACUAUAGGUCACGGUCUUGAAUGGAAUAAACUUAUUCUCUCACAAGAAGUUCAACGUAUAUUAGAAAAUCAUGGCUGUGAAACGAAAUUAAUUAAUGGCCGAGGGGGAAUUCACAACCCAAAAUUUUGUACACCAAUGCCGAU